GGCAAACCCUGAAUUAACAUCUAUUUGGGCUGUUGGCCAACGCAUUUGGCAAAGAGACUUUCCAGGGAUCUACACAGCCAUCGCAGCUUACCAAUGGUCAGAGAAUAUCCUUCCGGUCAUGGAGGCUCUUCGAGCACUUCUUGUUGAUCUGCCAUGGAUGCUGACGUAGAGAAUGUCAUAAGACACUUGGACAGCCAUUGAUAAGAAAAACUUGGUGGAUGUGGUGAAUUUGGGAAGAGUUUUUGAAUCUAAAUGCACACAAUUUAUUCUUUUUUUUUUUUUGAUAAAGCAGUUUUUAACAAGGCAGCAAAUCUUCCUACAAAGGAAUUAUAUAAUAAAGUUCUUAUUAGCAAGUAUGUUUGUAUUUACUAGAGAUGUAAAUGUUUCAUCAUGAAACAAUAUUAUGAUUAUUCUUUGGACAAUGAUACUAUAUUUGCUGAUAUCACAAAGUCUGCCAUGAUAUGAUUUUGAUUCAGAUUGGAGAAUUGCGAUCAAUAUGAGACAAUGCCAGUAAAUACCCUCAUUGUCUUUUCUUGGGCUGCUUGCCAUUGUCUGCCAGGCGUUAGGCCACUAGCAGUGUUUGAAUGUUUACACUUGGAUGAAAAUGGUGACAGAGUACUGCUGGAAUUUCAAAACAAAGUCAUAUCUUCAAGUUGAAAGUAUGUAUGGAAGUUUUCACUUUGCAGCGAUAAUAUUGUAUCGUUGAUCGUUGAAUUGAUAUAUUGAUCCAGACUGAGGUAUUGUUACAUCAUUAGCAUUGAUAAGCCAAUGGUUGCUUUUUUUUCUCAAAAAAGUAAACUUUAUGUAAUCAAUCAUUUAAUAAAGAUGUAAUUAGUGAUCAGAACUGUCCAUUUUCUAUUGAUUAAUGUCAUUGGUCAGUUUAAAUUUAAACAGAAAUGUCAAAAGUAUUUGGAAAACAUGUGGUUACUGUGUUCUCUGUAACAAACAGUUACAUAUGCAGUUCAUAUAAAUAUCAAACUAGGUAGUCGAUCAACAAUUCAAUGGAAAUAAAAUGUUCAAAACAACAGCGGAGUCACAAGAUGUUGACAUUGACUUGUUUACCAUUAGAUCGAGCUCCCUCUCACUUGGGGCUCCUCUGAGCCAGUCACAUGGGCCCUGGUUGUCUCUGCUCAGUCCACCACCUCUGUCACUGUUAAAGGGGACACAGUACCUACUGGGACAAGUGACACAUGCAGCACUGGGUAGGAGGGGGCCAUUUCUGUGAAAAGAUCCCAAGGCAGCAAGCAAGCAGGAAUGUUUGCUCUGGUUGGUGGGAAGGAUCAGAUGUCACCAGCUGUGAGAGGCUGGUAUAAAGGACAGAGCUGCCAGCUCUGAGCCAGAAUAGAUAUCAGCAUUUGACAAGUAACAGCACGUACUAAGGAUAAGCCAGCAGAGUCUGCCUUUUAUUUUGGUAACCUUUUGAAACGGACAGAGGGAGAGAAGCUUUUAGUUUUCUCUUGUAAAAAUUAGGAAACUUGCUGGUCUAACUGAAGGUAGAGAAUUUUCCAAUAUGGAUGUUCAGAGGACAGGCUCUAUGGUGCGGCCCCCGAGCCCCAUGGAUAGCCUCGAGAAACAGUUGAGCUGCCCCAUCUGCCUGGACAUGUUCACCAAACCUGUGGUCAUCCUGCCAUGCCAGCACAACUUGUGCCGUAGUUGUGCCAGUGACCUCUACGACUCACGCAACCCGUACCGCUUCUCUGGUGGUGUCUUUCGCUGUCCUACUUGCCGUUUUGAGGUUGUGCUUGACCGCCAUGGUGUGCAUGGGCUCCAGCGUAACCUGUUGGUAGAAAAUAUUAUCGACCUCUAUAAGCAGCAGCAAGAAGGCAGUGGCAGUGGCAGCACAGAAACCAGCCUGAAGCCUAAAGAAUCCAAAGAACCGAUGUGCCAAGAACACGAGGAUGAGAAAAUCAACAUCUAUUGCGUGACUUGCCAGACACCCACCUGCUCUAUGUGCAAAGUGUUUGGCCAGCAUAAGGACUGUGAGGUGGCACCUUUAGCAAGUGUCUACCAGGCCCAGAAGGGUGAACUGAGUAAUGCUAUUGAUACCCUAGUGGCCAGCAAUGGCCGCCUGCAGGCUCUGCUCAACCAGAUGGAAGAUGCCUGCCGUGCUGUACAGGAAAAUGCUCAGCGUGCUAAACAAGGGCUAGCUGAGCGCUUUGACCUGCUAUAUGCUGUCCUGGAAGAACGCAAGACCAUUCUACUAGAGCAGAUUGGUAAAGAGCAAGAUGAAAAGGUUGCAGCUCUGCGGGCACUGGCUCAACGUUACGGCGAACGAUUGCAGGCUAGUUCAGAGCUCACAGAUACGGCUGUGAGGGCAUUGGAGCAAGGCAGUGCUGCUGAGUUUCUCUUAGCCUCCAAGGGCCUCAUCACGCAGACCAAAGACGCAGCGAAAGGUUCACUGGGGGAAGAGAGGCCAGAGCCAGGCUUCGAGAAGAUGGACCACUUCACUUUAUCAACAGAACAUGUUGAAGCAGUCCUGGCAAAAAUGGACUUUGGAGUGGGUGAUGAUGAUGAAUUUGAGGAUGCAGAGGAGGAGGAAGAAGAAGAGGAGGAAUAAUGAAAAUCAAAGUAGUCAUGGACUUGUUGGAAAUAUUGUUAUCUGUGUUUUUGAGGGUUUUUUGACACAAGUGUUUGUGGCAGGGACUGCAUUUGAUGUUGAAAGAAAUGUAAGGUUACGGUGGAUGUGGGCUGAAAAGGCUUGCCCUGACUAAGUGCAAUAUUUAAUUUCAAUGUCAUAUUCAUAACUUUUCUUAACUUCUUUUUAUACUUUUGUACUUCUAAGCCAGUUAAAUGAAGAAACUGAUCUAGAUAAAUGUAAAUAUAGAAUGUCUGAAGACAGAUUACACAUCGUUUUCCUCAUAUGUAGCUCAUGGAAGUAGUUCUUUGUGUUUUCUCACUUUGUCUAAGUUUGUGUUGAAUUGGUGAUCAGCUGAUCUGCCUGUAAUCACCAAAUCUGUCGUGACUGGAAUGUGGAAUAAAGCUGCAUGAAGUUAA